UUUAUUUUGUCUUUACUGUGUUACUCUCAAACUCCUACUAACUUCUGUGACUAUACAUUUUAAUUAGUGAUUAAUCUGAGGACGUAAAGUAAAUACACUCGGUGAAUUUUGUGAUAAAUCUCAAAAGAAUAAAAUCAUGGAGGGUUUUAUCGAAGUCAAUGAAAUAUCAGAUUUCGUUUCAUACAUUAAAAGUAUUGAAUGGAGAGACCCAUGGCUCAUAGCUCUCUUGUCUUUUCAUGUACUAGUUACUUUUACAUGUUUUUCAACAAGGAACUAUAGCAAUUUUCAAAUAAUCCUUUUCAUCACAUUAUUAUUGCUCGUUUAUUUUUCGGAGAGCAUAAAUGAAGUUGCCGCAAGGAACUGGAAUCUAUUUUCAAGGCAGCAAUACUUCGAUAGUAAAGGCCUGUUCAUAUCGGUCGUCUUCUGUAUACCUAUAUUACUGAACUGCAUGAUAAUGGUGGGUUCAUGGCUCUACCAAUCUACACAACUAAUGACAAAUCUGAAGAAAGCGCAGCUCAGACAACGCCUCAAAGAACUGAACAUGCACAGAGAGCAGCAGCUGCACAUGAAGGCGGAAUAAGUAAAAUAAACUGUAUUAUAGUGUAUUAAUAUCGGAACUGAUUUGAUAUCUGAUUGCUAACAUCUGAGGCAAGGUAUCCUGAUUUUACAAGAUUUUAUUUCGAUUUGACGAUGAAUAUUUUAUCCUAAACCUAUUCGCUUAUUUACUAACGGCUUAUUACGUUCAUUGAAAAUGAUUAAGCGUUAAAACUUUUAGUGAGUUUUAGGGUGGAUUUUAUCGCGAUGUGUUGCGUUGUGUAUUGGAUUUUCGCAGAAAUAUGUUUUCUAAUUCUUAGUGUUAAGAUAUUAAUAGUAACGCGUUAGAUGUGCUGCUUUUUAUUGUUUCAAUAACCCACUAUGUAGGAUUAAGAUUUUGGUCCUUCGAGCCGGUAUACACAUAAAACUGUGUUCUAUGAAGUUUAUGGUUUUCUAAUUUAUCAUGUAACGUAUAUACAUGUAAAAGAAAACAUGUAACGAACCUAUUCACGUUAUUAUUAUAAUCAUCGACGCGACAUUUUUUUUUCUUUCACUAAUAUUAUAAUCAUUUUUCCUAUUUCUCUUGACUAAAUCAAUGAUAAAUUUGUUAUACGAAAAUAAAAUAAUUUUCUAAACAACAAUAAUAUUGUUUACCUUUAACAUUUUCUAUUGAAUAUUAAUAAAGUAUUCCUAAUAUUUUUCUUUUCUGUUUUGUAUUAAAUUGGUAACGUGAUGAUGACUAUAUCUAUGUGUUCUACGUCAAUUAUUGUCAAUGGCCAUAAUAAGAUGUGCAAUAUUUAAUGAUUGUUAUUAUAUAAAUAUUAUUAUAUAAGUUUAAUUAAAAUUGGUGUUUGUGCGUAAACAUAAUGUCAAGAGAAUAUCCAUUCAAAUAUUCUAAGAUAUUAAUAUAAGAGUAAGUUCUAUUAAGUAAAACAUACCGCUUCUUUGUGUUAAACUUUGACUGCAAGUUCUAACACUGUUCAGAGAAAUAAAUGUUGAAAAUUUCCUCUUUAAUUUAGUUCAAAGAUAAUGUUUAGCUAAAUAUUGGAACAGAAGAUAUUUUUAAAAUAUAUUUCCGACUAGUUUUAUUACAACACGUUUUAUUAUACAAUUAUAUAAAACCAUAUUUAUUGCGUAAUUGGUACACAUUUGUGUAAUGUACGUAUAAAAACCGAAUUAUUGUUCAUAGUAAGGCGAUUGAAGACAAAAUGAUUAUAUUUAAAAUUUGCAAUCUGUGUCAAUAUUCUUAGUAGGUAUUCAAUAUGACUUUAAUUCCAUCCUUUUUUUCACGCUAGUUACUCACUCUUGCUAGUUAAUUCCGGAUGUUUUCAUAUUUCGAAGUUUGUUUACUGUUUGUCAUCUUUGUAAUAACGGAAUGCGCGUUACUCAAGUUAUACAAAUAAUUAUGUACGAAAAUGUACAUACAUUUUUACUGUUAUCGAACUGCUAGUAUAUUUAUAAUUUAAAUUUGGAAUCACUAACGUGAAAAUUUAAACAAAAAUCUUGCGUGUUAAAUUAUUUUUACGGUCAUUAAACACGAAUGUGAGAAUUAACAAAGAAUCUACGAUUACUUAUUAUGCAAGAAGUUUUACUAUUAAUUGUCUAUGAACUAGUUUUUUAUGCGGUUUGGUUAAAUCUUGCCUUACUUAUGACUAACUCAUAUGUAAUCUAUGUCAAUUUUUUUUUAUUUCAUUGGUUCUUAAGAAAUUAAUUUGAAAAUAAUCGUUAUUAAAAUAUCGAUGUUUUACAGCACUACAUGGGAGAUACGACACUUUCCCAUUAAAAGAGCACGAUUAGUUGAUAAUUAUGUAUUAUCGUUGACACUCUAAUCCGUUUUUUUUUAAAUAUGUUAGAAGGUAUAAUUUACGUGUGAUUAUAAUGAUAAUAACAAAUAAUUAUCUCGAUAGAAGCCGUGUACUUAAGUACUUUAAAGCAUCAUUAUAUAGGUAUAUAUAUUUUUAUUUUUUUUAUAAUGUAGACUUAUUAAAUUUUAAUUAGUCUGG